CACAGCCCUGCUUGGCUAGUCCAACCUCAGCCUGAGCGUUUCUGUACAGGCUCUGCGACAAUCCCUGAGGCGCAGCAGGAUGAUUCAGGCCGGAGCAGUGCUGCUGCUUGCCCUGGCCUGUGCCCCCAGCACAGGGCAGCGGCGUUCCCCUCUCAAUGACUUCCAGAAGCUCAAAGCAACCCAGCUGCUAUCCCUGAGCCAGCGCAACUCUGGCCCAGAGCAGGAGGAGCCUUCAGACACCGAGGAGUGUGCCAGGCGCUGCAUGGUGCUGCUGGACUGCAGGGCCUUUCACUUCAACCACCAGCGCCAUAGCUGCCAGCUACUGCCAUGGACCCAGCACUUGGCAGACACCCACAUUAAGAGGAACGUCCACUAUGACCUCUACCAGAAGAAAGAUUAUAUGCAGAAUUGCAUUAGGGGAGACGGAAGGAGCUACCGAGGCAUGCGGUCCACGACGGAGAAGGGGAAGAACUGCCAACAGUGGAGGCUGAAGUUUCCCCAUGAUCACAGCAGGUUUUCGCCCUCUCUGCGGAACGGCCUGGAGGAGAACUACUGCCGGAACCCAGACAGAGAUGAGCGGGGUCCAUGGUGCUACACUACGGACCCGGCCGUCCGGCACCAGAGCUGUGGUAUCAAGAAGUGUGAAGAUGCCGUGUGCGUGUUGUGUAACGGGGAAGAUUACCGGGGACUCGUGGACCACACGGAAUCCGGGCGGGAGUGCCAGCGCUGGGACCUACAGCACCCGCACAAGCACCCGUACCAUCCCCACAAAUACCCUGAGAAGGAUCUGGAUGACAAUUACUGCCGCAACCCUGACAGCUCCGUGGGCCCCUGGUGCUACACCACAGAUCCUGCCCGGGAGUGGGAAUACUGCCACCUCCACAAAUGCAAAGCAGAGAAACGCCCACGCGUGGCAGACACCACCAGCAGCUGCUUCAAGCACAAAGGCGAAGGCUACCGGGGCAAGGUAAACGUCACCACGUCAGGAAUUCCCUGCCAGCGCUGGGACGCCCAGACCCCCCACCGGCACCACUUCCGGCCCGAGGAAUACGAGUGCAAGGACCUGCGGGAGAAUUACUGCCGGAACCCUGAUGGUUCAGAGGCCCCCUGGUGCUUCACCAGCCUGCCCAGCAUGCGCGUCGCCUUCUGCUUCCAGAUCAAACGCUGCACCGACGAGGUGGAGGUGGAGGACUGUUACCAGGGAAAUGGUGAACUGUACAAGGGCAAGAUCAGCAAGACCCGGAAGGGCAUCACUUGCCAGAAGUGGUCAGCAGGCUCGCCCCAUACACCCCAGAUCUCUCCCACCAUGUUCCCCGCCAUGCGCCUGGAGGAGAAUUAUUGCCGGAACCCCGACAACGACAGCCACGGGCCCUGGUGCUACACCAUGGACCCCAGCACCCAGUUUGAUUACUGCGCCAUCAAGCCCUGCGCAGGUGACAAGACGCCAUCCGUCCUGGAGACUGCAGGGCCCCUGAGUGCUGGCCUCAUCCUCCCUGUUCCUGUAGAUACUGUGGUCUUUGCCGAGUGCGGAAAGAGGGACGAACGCCUCCAGCUAAAGGGCCGUAUCGUCGGGGGGCGCCCCGGGAACUCACCUUGGACUGUGAGCAUCCGCAACCGGAAAGGAGUGCAUUUCUGUGGAGGAUCCCUGGUGAAGGAGCAAUGGGUCAUCAGCACGCGCCAGUGCUUCUCCUCCUGUGACACUGACUUGUCUAGCUAUGAGGUCCAACUUGGGACCCUCUUCAAGGACCCCAGUCCCAGCGACCCCGACAAACAGGCUCUCCCCAUACUGAAACUUGUCUGUGGGCCCUCCGCGUCUGACCUGGUCCUGCUGAAACUGGCCAGGCCAGCGACUCUGAACAAGCGGGUGGCUCUCAUCUGCCUCCCACCAGAGCGGUACGUCGUUCCCGAGAACACAGAGUGCGAAAUCGCUGGAUGGGGUGAAACCGGAGGUACUGGCAACAAAACUCUGCUCAACGUAGCCAAACUACCCGUGAUGAGCAACAAGGAGUGCAACAUGGUGCUCAGAGGCCAGGUGAAGGAGAGUGAGCUGUGUACUGCGCCCCUGCGAGCCGGGGUGGGGGCCUGUGAGGGCGACUAUGGAGGACCGCUGGCCUGCCUGACCCAUGACUGCUGGGUGCUGGAGGGCGUAAUCACCCCUAUGCGUGUGUGUGCCCGCAAGGACAAGCCAGCCGUCUUCACUCGUGUGUCAGUCUACGUCGAUUGGAUUAACAAAGUGAUGAGGAUGCUCUGAGCUUGUGGCGGGGGGCCCAGCUCGACACCCAAAGAGCUCAGCGCUGCUUUCCUCUCCGCCUGGUGAUGGCCGUGAGCUCUGAGAUGUACGUUCACCCAUGCCAAACUGUGCCAAGCCCUCGAAGCAUCCUCGGGCAAGGCUCUGAGUCCAGAUUGUCUGUCCCAUGUGCUGAGACCAAUCCAGGUCAGCCCGUCCCUGGGCUGUGGCCACCAGCCCUAGGACAGAGAGUACUCAUGGUUACUAUAUUGACUGAUUUCAAUAAACAUGCUCAAGGUG